AUGGCACAUAACAUCCAAUCCACAAGCCUUACCUCCUCCGGCUCUUCCCCCAUCAGCAGCGAAAGAGCAUCUACCCUGAUAACAUUAAUGUCCUCUUUCUACACAACAAGCGACAACCCAACGGCCCACGACGAAUAUGCCAACUUUUUCAUGAAAUCCGCGACCUUGAUCAUGGGCGGGAAAAGGGCUGAUGGAUUCGACGAUAUACUCGCAUUCCGCAAAUCCAUCUGGACAUCAGUCCUAUCACGCAAACAUGUUGUCGCCAAGAUCUUUUUCGGUCAAGAUAAUGAUAUGAUGCUGUAUGGCACCGUGACAUAUGUCAUGAAACAUGACCCGGAGGGGAAAGAUGUGAAAAUUGACUGGGCUGCGAGGGCGGAGUUUGAGGAUGGACUAGAAGGGCCCAGAAUGAGGUAUUAUCAGGUUUAUUUGGACACUGCUGCUCAACAGGCUGCUGCUGCUGCUGUGCAAAAAUCAUAG